GCUGCAGAUCACCCCAUGCUCGAGUGUUUGUCCCGGCCGCACGUGGGAGGCAGCUGGAACGAAGGCAGGGGCUUCCCGGUGAUGCUGCGCCAGCACCGCGCACCCCCGGCCCCGCAGCCGGCUCGGGGCUGGAGUGACCCGCCCGGGAGAAGGGCUCCGGACAGUCCCGGCCAGCGCUGGCACUGCCCGCGACGGCGCUUGGGCGCGGACCCGCCGGGGUCACUGCCAGCGGUGGUGUCUGCAGGCAGGGAACAGGGGCAGGGAACAGAGGCAGGGAACACCGGCAGGGAACAGGGGCAGGGAACACCGGCAGGGAACAGGGGCAAGGAUCACGGGCAGGGACCACGGGCAAGAGCCGCAGGCAGGGAUUGCAGGCAGCGAUUGCGGGCAGGGAUUGCGGGCAGUCCCCGCUCCGCCCCGGCGGUGACGGCAGCGGGGGGGGCCGCGGGCAGCACCGCCCCGGGCUGGGCGGUCGCCGGGGCCGGAGCCGAGGCUGCGCUGCCGCCCGGGCCGGGCCGCGCCGCCGCAGCAGCCGCCGGGGCAGCGGGGCCGGAGCCGGUCGGGGCCGGGCGGCGGGGCCGGGUCCCCCCGCAGGGCGCGAUCCGCGGAGCCCCCGGGGGGCGGCGGGACCCCCGCGCAGCAGCUCCGAUGUCGGCGCAGGAGCCGCCCCGGCCGCCCCCGGCCGAGCCCCCGGAGCCCGAGCCCGGCGGGCGGUACGAGGCGGUGGUUCCGCACUGGUUCUACUGCAAGGUCACGGACUCGCGGGAGCGGUGGGUCCCCUUCAGCGCGCAGGACUCGGAGCGGCUGGAGGAGGCGCACGGCGCAGGGAAGGACCAGGAGGAUGUGGUUGUCCCGACGUCGGGGGGCAGGUACGACGUGCACCUGAAGCAGCGGCAGCGCGUGGCCGUGUACUGGCAGGAGGAGGUGUCCGAAGUGCGUCGCUGCACCUGGUUUUACAAGGGAGACAAGGACAAUAAGUAUAUUCCCUACUCGGAGUCCUUCAGCGAGGAACUGGAGGAAGCUUACAUGAUUGCCGUGACCCUGGAUGAGUGGAAGAAGAAGCUGGAGUCCCCCAGCAGAGAAGUUAUUAUCCUGCACAACCCAAAGCUGAUGGUGCACUACCAUCCUGUCGCCAGCUCCGACGACUGGGUCUCCACUCCCACAGAACAAGGUCGACCCCGGACUGUGAAGAGAGGAGUGGAGAACAUUGCUGUGGAGAUCCCCAACGGAGAGCCCCUGCAGAUCGACCACCUGGUGUUCGUGGUGCACGGGAUCGGCCCGGCCUGCGACAUCCGCUUCCGCAGCAUCGUGCAGUGCGUGAAUGACUUCAGGAACGUGUCCCUGAGCAUGCUGCAGGCACACUUCAGGAAGGCCCAGGAGCAGCAGCAGGUCGGCCGGGUGGAGUUCCUGCCCGUGAACUGGCACAGCUCCCUCCACUCCACUGGUGUGGACGUUGACCUGGAGCGGAUCACACUGCCCAGCAUCAACCGCCUGCGUCACUUCAUCAACGACACCAUCCUGGACGUGUUCUUCUACAACAGCUCCACCUACUGCCAGACCAUCGUGGACACAGUGGCCUCGGAGAUGAACCGCCUGCACCAGCUCUUCAUGCAGAGGAACCCGCUCUUCAAGGGGGGGGUCUCCAUCGCGGGGCACAGCCUGGGGUCGCUCAUUCUGUUUGAUCUCCUGACGAACCAGAAGGCUGACCCCGAGGAGGAGGAGCACAGUGCACAGGGGUCCACGACAACCUCAAGCAAUGGGGGUAUUAAGGAAGUAAAAGAAAUUCUGAAGAACCUGGAGCUCUCUGAGUAUUGUGAUGUUUUUGAGAAGGAGAAAAUGGACAGGCAAGCACUGUUCUUGUGCACAGAGAACAACCUUAAAGAAAUGGGAAUUCCCUUAGGACCAAGAAUGAAGAUACUCCAUUACAUCAGCUCCAAGGCAAACACACAGGAUCAGAGCUCAGCAGCUCCCAGGCACGGCGAGGAGCGCAGAGCUGAGCCGGGGUCCCCGUCACAGCACGACCCAGAGAGCACAGAGGGUGUUGGGAACUGCCAGUACAGGGACGUUGGCCUAGGACAGGUCUCAGCAAACUACCCCCAGCUGAACUACAAGCCCACCAUCUUCUUUGCCUUCGGGUCUCCCAUCGGGAUGUUCCUCACAGUGCGAGGAGUGAAGCGCAUCGACCCGAACUACAGCCUGCCCACCUGCAAGGGCUUUUUCAACAUCUUCCACCCCUUUGACCCCGUUGCCUAUCGGAUCGAGCCCAUGAUCGUCCCAGACCUGGAGUUCGAGCCCAUGCUGCUGCCCCACCACAAGGGCAGGAAGAGGAUGCACCUCGAGCUGAAGGAAGGGCUGACACGCAUGAGCGUGGACCUGAAGAACAACUUGCUGGGGUCGCUGAGGGUGGCCUGGCAGUCCUUCACCCGCGCCCCAGUGCCAGCCCUGGAGGCCAGGAGCACCGACGCCGAAGCAGAGGCAGAGGCUGGCAUGGAGAAGCAGCCAGACACAAAGCCAGAGGAGCCCCCUGCAGCAGUGAAGGAAGAGGCCCCGCUCAUUAACGUGGGGAGGCUGAACGGGGGGAACCGCAUCGACUACGUGCUGCAGGAGAAGCCAAUAGAGAGCUUCAACGAGUAUCUCUUUGCACUCCAAGGCCAUCUCUGCUACUGGGAGUCAGAGGACACAGUUCUGCUGGUUCUGAAGGAGAUCUACCAGACACAAGGCAUCACACUGGAUCAGCCUUUGCAAGGAAGCCAGUGACCAACCUGUGCUGUUCUGGCUAUCCAAUUCCACUGAAUACUCACCAGGAAAGUCCAGAUCUCUUCUCUGCCUUCCUCUCUCCUCUGCUGCCGUGUCCUGCAUGCUGCUUCCCAAGUACUUGCUGCUACCUGGAGAUAAGGAUGGAUUUUCCUCCAUUUUGGGUAGGGGUGGUGGGGGGUAAAACUAUCAAGGGAAAACACUUCUGCUCGAACACACACAGAACCCGCAUGGUGACUCCCUGUGGCAACGUGUACUCUUAACCCUCCACCCUGUGAGCCCCCACACCAGCUCCUCCAGCACUGCAGCACACGAGCUGUCCAGGCUCAGAACUCACCGAGGGGCUGACCCUGCUCCUGGCCCAGUGAGGACACUCACAGCCUGGGACCUUGAGGAGCAAAAAGCCUUAACCACGCAGCCUGGAGGGAGCUGCAGCAGCCUUGGAGCGGGGGAGAUUGCUGACUGCUCACACAGAGCACCCGGCGCCAGGACUGCCAGGGCCCAGGCUGCUGCUGAGCCAGCAGGAUCUGUUCACCAGCCCCCCUCAUCUGCACUGCUGCUGCAUGUUUGUGCACCCCUGGGCCGUGCCGGGCGGGUGCCCCAUAAACCACGUCGUGAGAGCGGCAUGUUCGUGCUCCUGCUGUGCUGUGUUGGUAGUGACGUCCCACCACCCUCACCCAGCCCACGCUGGCAAACCAGGGGCCUCCCCCCCGGUGCUGACCACGCCAGUGCCCAGCUGUACCUGAGGAAAGCUCCACCUCCACGUCAGACUGCAGCCAGGCUGGGGACAGCAGCUGCUCCUGGGCAGUCUGGAGGCCUGGGCCAGCCCUCAGUGCCCUGCAGGGACAGAGCAGCGCUGCUGGCCCGGGGGCUCUCAGGUGGCCACAGGGAUCUUGCCAGUCGUUGUUUUUAGCUUUAAAUGUACAAAAUACAGCCAGCAAAGUCAGAGCCCAGAUCCACAGGGUCUGGGCACAGCAGCAGUGACACCAGCUCUGCAGGCAGUUCAGUCUGCAGCUGCCUUGGAGCCCUGCUCUGAGGGGGACAGGGCCAGAGAGCCCCUGUGCUCCCUCCCUGGCCACCAAACCCCCCUGGGCUGGCUCAGUGCCUGGGCUGGGGCUCCAGUGCUGUGUGAGGUGUUGCUGUGCAGCCUUUAGAAGAGCCAAACCACUUUCCCUCCCGCUGACUUUUGCCCUGCACGGGGUAAGGAGCCUUCUUCCCCCACAGCCUGUUGGUUUGUACUGCCCGUUAUUUGCACUACUGGAAGGGUUUUGUUUGCAGCCUCCAUCCCUCCUCCCCUCCCAAGGAACAGAAGCUGUUCUUUACCUGACUGCAGGAACAGCCAAGCUGCUCAGCUGGCACCUGAACUACUGCUGGCUAAAGCCUCCUACGGGAGUAGGAAAAGGAACAGUCUUAACAUGGGACACUAAUGAUCAGCUUUUUAAGUUAUGCACUUUGUUAAAAAAAAAAAAGUUAAAUACAUUUUAAAUGUUAUUUAAUGUCUUUUCCAGUAAAAGCCAAAAUAAAUAAGUAGAUGACUGUGGUA